AUGGAAAAUAUUCGAGUUGGACUACGAGGAGAAGUCAUUGGCCAAGCGGUUGACAAUGAUGAUGAUGACGAUGAGGAUGAAUGUGAUGAUGACAUGGGACCUGAAGAGCGACGCAAUUUCAAACAAUCAUUACGUGCCUCCAAACAGUCAGCAUGGGAAAGAGAACACCUCCACAAACUUGCUAAUAGAGCACAAGUUUCCAAGACAAGUGGUGGUGCACAGAUGAGACGGGGAGCAAGUGUUAGAGAAUUACAACCAACACCACCAAUGGCCCCAAGUUUAUAUAAAUCAUCCAAAGCACACCAAAAGAGUGUUUGGAGUUAUUUCGCUAGAGGUAAUGUGAAGGAGGGAAUGGGGCGUCUAAUUAGCAAGUUCUUCAUCUAUGACAAUGUCCCUGUUGAGAAGGAAUCAUCACAUCAUUUCAAAAAUAUGGUAUUGGGAUGUCAACAGGCCAGUGUUGGAGUGCAACCUCCUACUUCCUAUGAGCAGACCCGAUGUUGGAGACGAUGGUACCUUAUACGUGCUGUACACAAAGUAUAUUCUAAAUUAAACCCUGCAUCACCAGCAGUUGGCCAAUUUGGAAAUGAGCUAACAUGGUUUAAAGAUGCGAGAAGAACUUUUGGAGAACCAACAUCAGUUGCUGCUCGAACAAAAAUGUCUCCUAGUGAGUCUGAAUGGUGGAUCAUGUAUGGGACUGAUGCACCAACUCAAAGAAAUAGGUUGGCUCAUAGUAGGUUGGAAAAAUUAGUUUAUUGCUACUACAACAUGAAGCUUCAAAUUCGAGAUAAGGAAGCAGAAAGAGAUCAUGUCGACCGUGGUGACCCACUAGAUGUGUUUGAUAUUGCUGCUGAAGAUGAUGAUACAGAGGGUAACCAACUUUAUCAAUGGAUAAGACCUCUUCAUUUAGAUGAUGAUGAAGGCUACCCAGCUUUAAGAGUUGCUGAAGAAGCACAACUUUUGCGCCCCAGACCAAGAAAUAGAGGAAUUCCUCCUCCUUCCAUUCCUACACAACCACAAGAUCCUGCUGAUACUAAUGAUAGCUCUAGUACAAGAUCAGGAGACUCACCUACCACUGGAGGUGGGAAUGAUGAAGGAUAUAGUGGAGCUGGAAGUAGUGGUGGAUAUGGAAACUACGUUGGACCGCCUCCUGGAUUUAUGAGCCUGGUGAGGCAAACUUCACGCAUGCAACACAAGAUGAGGACCAUGGGAGUAGGCGGGGAGGGCCAGGAAUUGGUGCCAUAG